GAGAGAGAGAGAGCGCGUCGUCCGCUGUCAGAGCGCGCAGGGAGGACCGGCGGAUGGAGCGGAUGGAGCGGAUGGAGUCGAUGGAGCCGAUCUCGGCGUUCUACACCACGGCUUACCCGGAGAUCCAGCCCGACAGCGCCUACGGCUGCAAGGAGACGGAGAGCCAUGAGGCGAAGACUCCGCCAGCCCCGACGUAUGACGAGGAGUCAGUGCACAAGACAAUCCUGGUCGGUGACAGCGGAGUGGGAAAGACGUCGCUGUUGGUGCAGUUCGAUCAGGGCAAGUUCAUUCCUGGCUCCUUCUCUGCCACAGUGGGCAUUGGAUUCACGAACAAAGUGGUGACUGUGGACGACGUGAAAGUCAAACUACAGAUUUGGGACACAGCAGGACAGGAGAGGUUCAGAAGUGUGACACACGCAUAUUACAGAGACGCACACGCCUUGCUCCUCCUUUAUGACAUCACCAGCAGGUCGUCCUUUGACAACAUCAGGGCAUGGUUGACAGAGAUCCAUGAGUAUGCACAGAGCGACGUAGUCAUCAUGUUGCUGGGCAACAAGGCUGACAUGAGCAGUGGAAGAGCGAUCAGGAGAGAUGAGGGAGAGAGACUGGCCAGGGAGUAUUCUGUUCCCUUCAUGGAGACGAGUGCCAUGACCGGAGUCAACGUGGAACUGGCCUUCACUGCUGUGGCCAAGGAGCUGAAGCACCGAGCCGUUCAGCACCCCAACGAGCCCAAGUUCCAGAUCCAUGAAUACAUUGAAGCACAGAAGGAGAAGUCAGGCUGCUGCAGCUCCUUCUAAAUGUCCUCCUCCAACCUCUGUGGGUGAACAGACUGCAGAGUACUGUAGGAGGAAGUCCUGUUAGCUCACUGCUGCUCCCAAAAUAUGAUGCUGCCAUUCAUCCACGACUAAAAGCCAAAAGUAGAGCAGUGGAAACGGAGUAAGAUGAACCAAGCUAUAAACCCACAGAAUGCGCAAUUUUUAGAUUGAUAUUUAUCAUUAUGAGUUACUAAAUAUUUGAAGAAGAUAUUAUAGGAAAAGUCUACAGUAUGGUUUUUGCUUUCUUUAUGAGAGAGGGAUGAGAAAGGUAAAUACAACUUCAUAGUUAGAGUGGCUUAGCAUACAGAAGGAAGGUAAGAGAACACAUCCAGCCUAGAUGUCCCAUUACCAUGUCAGUGGUUGGAUUCCCAGCUGGAUGGGGCUUUGUUGUAAUUUGUUAUCAUGUCCCUCUCGCCCUGCUCUUGUUUCCUCCUGUCUCUCUCUAGACUGUCAAAUCUCAAAUCAAGUCAAAAACAUAACAAAAGAAGAAAGAAAGCAGGAGCCACAUGCACAACUCAUAGACUGUCUACAAAGAUGAACGAUGCGUCUCCACUUCCUCCCACUAUACAAAAAUUAAGCCGAAAUAUCCUGUAUACGGUUGCUGCCAUCUUGCGCUUUUGACAUAAUUUGGACCCAGACUCUGAGCAGCGGUGAUCGUGGUGCAGAGCCAAGGUACCAAGGUCCCGCCGUUACAAGUGAACAUUCAUCAGUGGGAUAGAACUACCUAAAUGACAAAAAACAUCUUUGAGAAAAAAAAAUUCUCAUUAUAGAACAUGCACUUUGACUUUUUAGUUUGGUUCAUCUCCCAUCCACUAACAUGGACGAUGUGAGGAUUAAGACCUAUAAUGCAGCCAGCCACCAGGGGGCGCCAAGGUGAUUUGGCUUCACUUUUGCGGAGCUGUCGUGUUGUCCAUCAUCAUAUACAGUCUAUGGUACAAGUUGAUUUGUAAUUCAAGAGAAUUUAUGGCAUUCUCAUAUUUCUACCAUCAGAAUGCUAUCUUGUUCACAAUGAUAACCCUAACAUGCGUGUUAAACUGAUAAAACAGUUACCGUGUUUACUAUCAUUAGUUUAGUUUGUUGGUAUGCUAACAUUUGCUAAAUGCAAAGUACUGCUGAUGCUGGUAAGGGAUCACCCACCACCCCAGUUCAUCCCCAUGGAACAUGAAUGUCUGCAAAAAAAAAAAAAUGUGGAUCAUCCAUCCAACAGUUUUUGAGACUUUUCACGAGAAAACUGUAAACUGGUGGUGCUAGAGCAACAAUCAGGGGUAAAUCAGUCAGCUUCAUCCUCUGGUGACUAUGAAUAUCUGCACGUAUUUUCGUGUUAAUUUAUCCAAUAGUUGUCGAAAAAUUUCAGCCUGAACCAAAGUGGUGUGGACUGACCAACAGACAUCAUUGAGCCAUGCUGCUAAGAUUGCUAAGGAAAUACACCUAGCUACAUAUGUCAGCGUAGGGUGACUCACUGUAUCUUAAAAUUUUAAAAAUAACAAUGUUUGAAAUUGUCUUCAUCACAUUUGCGAUUGUUAAACAAAGACAAUGUAGGAUAGUGAGCUGACGGGUUCAGUCGUAUUUUGGACCGAGGUAGGUCAGCUGUUAGCUUCCAGCCAUGAUGCUAAGCUGUGCUAACUGGUGACUCUAGCUUUAAGGCUAUCUGACCUCAGAAUAACGCUCAGAAAGAAAGCAGAUGAGGCUGUUUGCCCAAAUGUCAAACCUUUCCUGUAAGGAAAUGUAUGCUUUCUUUUUUCUAUUUAUUCUGCAAGGCGAUUUAAAAAAAAUAAAAAAUUGGUUCGCCAUACAAAAGUCACUGACACGUCACAUUUGCCGAUAUUGUUGAGCACCCACACACUGACAUACGUCAGCGGAGAUCACACCCCCUGCUGAAGCAGCCUGAGGGCAGGCUUACACAAGUUUGGUUCCCCUUUGAAAACCCAACAUGGCUGCAACCUUGUGUGUCAUGCAAUCUGCCAACAGAUCCAGACAAAGGCCAUACACUUGUGUCGUGGAUGCAGUUCAUAGCCGAUGAACGUGGACCCAAGCCCUGUCUGUGACUAAGUCGGACUGGUUCGUUCUUGAGAAACUCCUCGAUAAGUCGGCUGCUGUUGAAAGUUAAAUCAAGCUGAGGGACACAGCUGGAAAAAAUGCUAACAUGGUAAACAAUUAUGUUUGAGAUUGCUGCAUAAGACCAAAUCUAAUAUACGUUACUUGAUAAUGAUCUGUGGCUGGAUUUCCCAUCUUGUCUUUCAUUUAUAGAAAACACCUAUGUAUUUGUGAGUGGGUGAACAGAUUUUUUUGACAAUGUGUUUUUUUGACAAGUUGACUGCAUUUGGUUCUGAUGGCCUCAUUUUGAACUUCAAUUUGUAUGUUUGCCAGAUUGCAUGAACCAGAUCUGUGUGCCAUGCCUCCAGAACAUAAAGUAUUAAAUUCUGUUCAUAUUUGCAUCAAGACUAAUGUGGAAAUAUGAACAAUUAAUAAGUAUAUCUGAUCAAAUUUCAACAUCAGGGUUCUCAGGUUUACAUUUUCGUUUUGAAAUACAAUAUCAAAUACAAUGUGUAUUUAUAUGAUAGACAAUAUCUAUCAUAUAAUGAAUCCACAUCGACCUAUUAAAGCUGCAUUAGGACAAGUAAGAAUUUAUUUAGAGUUGAGUUCCUGGCAACAAUUUAAGUUGAGUUUCUUCAUGCUCUUUACUACCUAAUGUGUUUUGGUCGCCAACAACUCCUUAGAUACAUAUUAGCUGCUAAAAUGCUUUGCUGAGCAGCUCCGUCUAUCUGCCAAGUGGCCAAAACAUUUACAAAACAAUUACUCAUCUUACACAUGUCCAUUUAAACCACUGCAUUUUUUAAGCACUGAUGAUGUCACAACAAAGGCUUUGUGUUGUACUUCCACACAAGCAAGUUUAUUAAUAUCUGUUUGACAACAAUAUGCAAGGCUCUACUGCAAAUAUUUGAUAUUGAUUGAUUAUUGUAUGCUCUUUUGUCGGCUUGGGCAGCUCAGGUCUAACACAGGUGAGGAUCUAAAAUGAUCCAGACUGUGGCCAUUGGACUUUGUAUUCAUUGAACAGUUGUUUGUUGUUGUUGUUGAUGCGUUCUAUAUGCUGCAUAAAUAAUAAACUAUUUUUAACUGUA